AUGCCUUUGUUUAGCCACUAUGGCAAUCUCCCGGACAGCUCCGCUCAGCUGUCCAUUCCCUCGCUGGUCUUUGCCAUUGCGACGCCGAUCGUGGUGAUCGCAAGAUUGCUGGGCCGUCGGUUCCUGUCCGGCCGCGUUGGAUCGGAUGAUUGGACUAUCCUGGUGUCUUGUGGCUUUGCGGAAAUAGUCUCAAUACAGAUGAUCAUCAUCUGCGGUUGGGCUUUUGGCAAGCAUACCGAUGACAUGCCCAAGGAAUUGCUUCUGAAAACAUUGAAGCUCUACUUUGUCGCCCAGAUCCUAUACAAAAUCAACAUCGGCCUGACCAAAAUCAGCAUCCUACUCCUGUACAUCCGUCUCUUCGUCCAUCGCUGGUUCCUCUUGAUCUGCUGGGUCUGGAUUGGCAUCAUCGUCUCCUUCACGCUCGGCACCGUCUUCUCCAGCAUCUUCCAGUGCACGCCGGUGCAAUGGGCCUUCGAUAAGUCCAUCCCAGGAGGCGGCAAAUGCAUCAACAUGACAGCCUUCUGGUACGCCAACGCGACAUUCAACAUCCUCAGCGACCUGGUCUUGAUCGCCCUCCCAAUCCCCGUGGUCAUCAAACUGCAACUGCCCCACAAAUCCAAAAUCGCCCUCUGCGGUAUCUUCGCCGUGGGCAUCUUCACCUGCAUUACCUCCAUCCUCCGCAUCACAACCCUCAACCUCGCCACAAACCACCUCGACACAACAUGGAACAGCAUCGGCUCGUCCAUGUGGACCGUCAUCGAGUCCAACCUCGGCAUCAUCUGCGCGUGCCUCCCCGCCCUGCGCCGCCCGCUCUCCUUCUUAUUCCCCCGGUUCUUCAGCAGAUUGAAUAAGAGCUCCGUGGCGCCGGCGUCGCGCGGGAACUCGUCGCGGCCGUUGGACUCAACCCCGAAGAAGGUCGAGGGAUGGAGUGUGCUCGAUGAGGCUGGAGCGGCGGAGGUGAGAGUCACGUCCGCGGCGGGUAUGCGGGACGAUGAACAUCAUGGGAUGGACAUGGACUUGGAUUCUCCGGGGAGAUGGGGGGAAAUUAGGAAGACUACGAAGGUGGUGGUGCGGUAUGAUGAGAUGGAGAGUGAGAUUGAGCUGGAGCAAAUAUGCCAACCGGCGUUAAUGGCGGUGGUUAGCGAUUGUCAAUCCAUGGUCUGGUGGAUUUUUUGGCCAGAAUACCCAGAGAAAUGA